UGUCAAACAUCUCUGCAACCUACCCCUUCAAAAGGUAAAGACCAGAGAAGAUGAGUUCAGGCAAAGCGACGGGAAAGAACUGCCACGGAUGGGCGGCGAGAGACGACUCUGGAUUCCUCUCUCCUUACGAGUUCGAUCGCAGAGCGGUUGGAAGCGAGGAGGUCUCGGUGAAAAUCACUCAUUGCGGGGUUUGCUAUGCGGACGUUCUGUGCACACGCAACCAAUUUAUGCACUGCAAGUAUCCCUUGGUCCCAGGGCAUGAGAUCGUGGGCAUUGUAACAGAGGUCGGUGGCAACAUCGGCAAGUUCAAGAUCGGAGACCAUGUGGGUGUCGGGACUUAUGUCGACUCAUGUAGAGAUUGCGAGUACUGUCAUGGAGGACUUGAAAUUCAUUGCUCGAAAGGUAUUGUUUCUACGAUUGGCGGCACUUAUGAAGAUGGCAGCACUUGCAAGGGAGGAUACUCCCAGUUCAUAGUUGUUCAUGAGAGGUAUUGCUACAAGAUACCUGACAAGUAUCCAUUGGCUCAAGCAGCACCCCUGUUGUGUGCUGGGAUCACAGUCUACACUCCAAUGAUCCGCCACCAGAUGAAUCAGCCUGGAAAAUCAUUAGGAGUCAUCGGACUUGGCGGGCUCGGUCACUUGGCUGUGAAGUUCGCCAAGGCUUUCGGGUUGAACGUCACCGUUUUCAGCACAAGCACCUCCAAGAAAGAUGAUGCCUUGAAUCUGUUGAAAGCAGACAAGUUCGUGCUCUCAUCAGACAUGGAACAAAUGAGCGCUCUGUCAAAAUCUUUAGACUUCAUAAUCGACACUGCAUCAGGAGACCACCCUUUGGAUCUGUACAUGUCAUUGCUGAAGACAGGAGGAGUUUUGGCUUUGGUGGGCUUUCCAGGCAAGGAAAUGAAACUCAGUCCAAUGAGUCUUCUCAGGGGAAUGAGGACCAUCUCCGGAAGUGCGGUCGGCGGUACGAAGCGAACGCAGGAGAUGCUCGAGUUUUGCGCCAAACAUGAGAUACAUCCAGAGAUUGAAGUAAUUCCUAUUCAAUAUGCGAAUGAAGCUCUUGAGAGGCUCCAAAAGAAUGACGUGAAGUACCGCUUUGUUAUAGACAUUGAGAACUCCUUGGAGUGAUCUACUGAUGAAGGAACUAGAAUUCUCUCUUAUGUAAGUGCCAGCGUCUCUCUUGAUGGAAUAAAAUUAGAUAACACAAUAAUAAGUGGGAAGUUCGUUCUUCCUUAUUUUGAAGUGAUCCCUCUUGUUUGUGAAAUAGGGGAUUGCAACACGCGUGUGUCGUGAAA